AUGCUCGCCCAGCGCUGGGAGCUGGUGGAGGGGCAGCUUCUGGCGCGGCGCCCGGACGCCGAGGCCAAGCCCCUGCUCGCCUCGCCCAAGAUCGACGGCAUUCGCUGCCUGGUCGGGUAUAAUAAGCGGCAGAAGGCGGUCCAGUUCUUCUCCCGCGGGGGGAUCCUGCUGGAGUGCUGCCACGGCUUCGUCCAGCAGAUGACCCCGCUUUUCGAGGCCGACCCGACGCUGAUGCUCGACGGCGAGAUCUUCGCCCCGGAGUGCAAUUUCGAGCAGCUCAACGGCCUUGUCCGGCGGCUGUCGAAGACGACCUCGCCCGCGAUCCGCGCCGCGCAGAGCCGGCUACUGGAGUACUUCGCCUUCGACAUCAUGUACAGCAAACACCUCCCCGCCGAGGCCCCGUUCAGCGAGCGCUACGCCCUGCUCAAGCAAAUCAUCCCGAUCUGCGGGGCGAAGCGCAUCAGCAACUACCAACACGACGAGAAGCGAAAAAAGAUGAUCCGCGGGACCCUCCCGGAGGCGGAGAACCGCAUCACGAAGACCCUCACCGGGGAGAAGGUCAAGGUCUACCACGUCCCGGCCGCCCAGGUGCUGCCCGGGGAGAUGAACGACGUCCUCCGCGAGGCCUGCUCGCAGGGCUUCGAGGGCGUCAUGAUUCGCCGCCCCGAAUUCCCCUACGAGCACGGCAAACGCAGCUUCGGCCUGCUCAAGUACAAACAAAUGCACGACGCGGAGUUCAAAAUCGUCGGGUUUUUGCCCGGGGAGGGGAAGUUUAAGGGGGGGCUCGGGGCUUUUGUGUGCGAGACGAAGAACGGGUAUCGAUUUAACGCGCCGCCGAAGGUCUCCAUUAAGAAUCGCCUCGCGCUGUGGAAGCAGCAAAAGGAGUUUAUCGGGAAAUAUCUCACCGUGCAGUACCAAGAACUCUCCUCCCAAGACGUCCCGCGCUUUCCGAUCGCAAAAGUGGUUCGCGGUAGCGGGGAUCAGAAGGACUGGUUAUAG